CGAUGACUCAUUGGUGUGGGAAUGCAAAGCCACGGGGAAGCCGAAGCCGUCGUACAGGUGGAUGAAAAAUGGAGAGAACCUGGAGUCCACGGAGGAGCGUAUACAAGUCGCCAAUGGUGCGUUGUCAAUCAGCCGACUGACCCUGUCCGACACUGGGAUGUACCAGUGUGUCGCCGGGAACAAGCACGGUGAAGUCUACUCCAACGCAGAGCUCAGAGUUAUAGCUGUUGCUCCAGAUUUUUCUCACAACCAACUGAGGAGCCAGACGCUGGUGAAGGUUGGAGGAGAUGCGCUCAUCGAAUGCAAACCCAAGAUGUCGCCUUGGGGUGUGAUCUCCUGGAGGAAGGGCAGCGAACCGCUUCGAGGAAGUAACAGGGUUUCCAUUCUGGACAACGGUAACCUUCGUAUCUGGAACGCCACCAAGGCUGACGCAGGCCUGUACACCUGUGUGGCCAGAAACCAGUUCGGUGUGGCGAGCAGCACAGGGAGCGUCACGGUUAAAGAGCCGACCAUCAUCACCACCCUGCCCAACACCCUGGACGUGACCGUGGGUGAGAGCGUGGUCCUGCCCUGUCAGGUGAACCACGACCCUUCGCUGGAGCUCAAGUUCACCUGGUUCUUCAACGAGCAGCUCAUCCACUUCGGGAGCCACGGAGGAUUCUUCGAGAAAGUGGGCGGCCAUUCAGCGGGAGAUAUUAUGAUUCGGAACAUCCAGCUGAGACACGCCGGGAAGUACACGUGUGCCGUCCAGACCAAAGUGGACAGCAUCUCCAUCGCCGUGGACUUGGUUGUCAGAGGUCCCCCGGGGCCCCCCACCAGCAUCCAUGUAGAAGAGAUCACUGACACCAUCGCCACUCUGUCCUGGAGGCCUGGUCCUGAUAAUCACAGUCCAAUUACGGCGUACACCAUCCAGGCCCGGACGCCGUUCUCCCUCGGGUGGCAGGCUGUCACCACAGUUCCUGAGGUGGUGGGGGGCCACCGGCUGACAGCUACAGUAAUAGACCUGAGCCCUUGGGUGGAGUAUGAGUUUCGAGUCCUGGCAAGCAACUCCAUCGGGACCGGCGAGCCCAGCAAGCCGUCCAAGCAAGCAAGGACAAAGGGGACCUCUCCGAAGGUCACCCCGGCGAACGUGAGCGGAGGAGGUGGCAGUCGCUCAGAAUUAGUCAUCACAUGGGAGCCGGUUCCGGAGGAGCUGCAGAACGGACCGGGCUUCGGUUACGUGGUGGCUUUCCGACCCUUCGGCGCCACCGGCUGGAUGCAGGCGGCCGUACCGUCAGCCGAAGCGUCCAGAUACGUGUUCAAAAACGAGAGCAUCCAGCCCUUCUCACCUUUCCAAGUGAAGGUGGGGGUUUACAACAACGAGGGGGAAGGCCCGUUCGGACAGGUCACCACCAUCUACUCCGCUGAGGAAGAGCCUGGCCGGGCGCCCACCAGGGUUCGUGCCAAGAGCCUCUCUGCAUCCGAGAUUGAAGUUUUGUGGAAAGCUCUGCCCUGGAACGCCAGCAAGAAACGAGUUCUGGGCUACGAGCUGAGGUACUGGAGUAGAAGUGAAAGGGAAGACACGGCCAGCGUGCAAAGAACUGUGGGAAAUCAAACGUCAACCAUUAUCCGCGGUUUGAAGGGCAGCACUACGUAUUACAUCUCAGUGAGGGCGUAUAACACCGCUGGAACGGGGCCGCCCGGCUCCACCGUCAACGUUACCACCAAAAAACCACCGCCGAGCCAGCCUCCGGUUAAAGUGGUAUGGAACACGUCAAACUCCAAGAUUAUCCUGAACUGGGAGCAGGUCAAAGCCCUGGAGAACGAGUCCGAGGUCACCGGCUACAAAGUUUUGUACAAGAAGAACCGCCACAGCCGCCCCGACGUCAUGGAAACCAACACGACCUCCGUGGAGCUGGCGCUGCCCACCGACGAGGAUUACAUCAUCCAGAUCAAACCGUUCGGAGAAGGAGGGGAGGGCAGCAGCAGCCGGCAGAUCACCAUCCCCAGGAUACCAGGUCCUAAUGCAGUGGGCUCAGCAUCCAAGGUCUCCACUCUAUCAGCCCUCAGUACAAUAGCACUGUCGUUCACAGCCAGGACAUCUUUAUGACAAACGGCUCCCAGCAGACGUUGCAUCUGAUGUUGGCGACAGCUCUAUGGUGGAACGUAAACACAGGCCACUCUGGUGUAACUAGAUCCAUUCAUUUAGAUUUUAGCGGCAGAAAAGGAAGGCGCCAAUGAAAAAAUAUCAAACACGCCAUAGAGAUGACAGAGAAGGAGUUCCGUUCAGCGCCCAGGCUAAGUACACGGAGAUUGACUGAUGUCGUGACUAUGUUGUUACCAAAGCAGCUUUCAUAAGAAAAAAAAGAAGAAAAAAAAAGAAAUAGAAAAAUGUCUUAUAUGCAUCUUUUUGUAUGAUACGUUGAGCUUUUAUAGAUUUUCCUUUUUCCUUUAUAAACUUAAAAGUCAGUCUGGGCUUAUCGGGGCGAGAACAAUUAAGUGCAUGACAUAUUAACGCGAUUUAAAAACUUUUCAGUCUGGAUGGUUAAGAAUGUGAUUUGACAUCUUUUGUCUUCGAGAAAAAUCUGAAAGGACGUCAGUUGUAAGAAACCGGAGCGAGUUAAUUUCCAGUGAAUGAGCUAUUAGCUGUUACCUGUUACAUAUCUACAUUUUUGUUUAGCAAUAUUUCCAAAAUACCUGUCGCGAAGGACUGCAUCAACAUGUUGGGCUUUUGGCGCUUCUGGUCAUCUUCGCCUGUGUGAAGAGAAAAUUAGCACUUUAGAUUAUCUCCAGGCGUUAGCAUGCAUCCACGAUACUGUGCAUUAUGUCCAUAAGUUGCAGGAAGUGAGUAAAAAUAGCUUACAGAUAAUGAUUCAGAAAUGGAAUCUGCAUUUUACAUGUAAUUAAUCUGCAGAAAACACAAUAAAAAACUGAUAAUAGCCUCACAUCACUUAUCAAUUAAUUAACCUGUUGCUAACUGACGCUAAUUACUAUUUGUCUUCAUGCUAUAGAGUAUGUCGAUUUAAAGAGUUGUAAUAAUUCCUUUUGCUCAUAUUUGGUCUUUGAAGCUAAAUAAUACU